GGCCAACUCUUCAUCUCACGGCUGCUUGACUUCCUCCCAGCACAUUCCUGCACUGUGUUCGUGUCCACACCGCCCUGCAGACCUGGCCCCCUGAGCCCACCACCGCCUCCAUGUAAGCCCCUUGGGCUAGGUCUUGCCACCGUGCCAACAGGUGGUCCUGGGCUGGGGGCAGAGGACUCCCUACGGGGCACAGGGCCCCAAGAUCUCAGAGGGAGCCAGGCCCCCAGCAGCCCACCCAAGUAUCCACCUCUGCCCCCAGCCCCUCUGGUCUUUGGCCCCACUGGUUCCCCCAGAUGCCUGGCUGAGACCCAGCAGUGGCCCGCACUACCGACACCUUCUCCUGGCCCCCCGAGGUGGGUGCUGCCGCAGACGACUCCCCGGGCACGAAGCAGCUAACAGGGAGGUGUUGGGAGCUGGGACCAAGCCUUGGUUGGGAGCAGGUGAAAGACACAGCCACCGGCCCAAGCGACAGCGGCAUGGGCAGCGCCAGUCCCGGCCUGAGCAGCGUGUCCCCCAGCCGCCUCCUGCUGCCCCCCGACACUGUGCUGCGGACAGGCCUGGAAAAGGCGGCCGCAGAGGUGGCGGGGCCCGAGAGACGGGACUGGAGCCCCAGCCCGCCGGCCACACCUGAGCAGGGCCUGUCCGCCUUCUACCUCUCCUACUUUGACAUGCUGUACUCUGAGGACAGCGGCUGGGCCGCCAAGGGUCCCGGGGCCAGCGCGUGGGAGGAGCCGUCCGAGGAGCCCGAGCAGUGCCCAGUCAUCGACAGCCAAGCUGCUGGGGGCAGCCUGGACUUGGCACCAGGGGGGCUGACGCUGGAGGAGCACUCCCUGGAGCAGGUGCAGUCCAUGGUGGUGGGUGAGGUGCUCAAGGACAUCGAGACUGCCUGCAAGCUGCUCAACAUUGCUGCCGACCCCGUAGACUGGAGCCCUGGCAACGUGCAGAAGUGGCUCCUGUGGACGGAGCACCAGUACCGGCUGCCGCCCGUGGGCAAGGCCUUCCAGGAGCUGGGGGGCAAGGAGCUGUGUGCCAUGUCGGAGGAGCAGUUCCGCCAGCGCUCUCCUCUGGGUGGCGACGUGCUCCACGCCCACCUGGACAUUUGGAAAUCAGCGGCCUGGAUGAAAGAGAGGACUUCUCCCGGGACCAUCCACUACUGUGCCUCUGCCGGCGAGGACAGCUGGACCGACAGUGAGGUGGACUCCUCCUGCUCCGGGCAGCCCAUCCACCUGUGGCAGUUCCUCAAGGAGCUGCUGCUCAAGCCUCACAGCUAUGGCCGUUUCAUCCGGUGGCUCAACAAGGAGAAGGGCAUCUUCAAAAUCGAGGACUCCGCCCAGGUGGCCCGGCUGUGGGGCAUCCGCAAGAAUCGGCCUGCCAUGAACUACGACAAGCUGAGCCGUUCCAUCCGCCAGUAUUACAAGAAAGGCAUCAUCCGGAAGCCGGACAUCUCCCAGCGCCUCGUCUACCAGUUUGUGCACCCCAUCUGAGGGCUGCGGGCCAGGCCAGGCCUUAGGCAGGCCAGGCCUUAGGCCUGAAACUCGCCCUCACUAGCCCUCCCUCCUGCCCGCCCCUGCCUCUGCUGGAGCUGCAGGAGAGGGCAGUCUGCUGGCAUUGGAGUCCAAGGUCAGGGAGGCGGCAGCCCAGAGCUCCCAGGGGUCUAAGGGAGCUCUCUGGGGCCCAAGGGACCCCAGGGUGGCAGUGCUUCCUCCUCGGGUCUGACUGCUCACAUGCUCGGUCUUCUGGAGGAUGGAAGAAGGAUCCAGGCCAUCCUCAGUAUUCAUGGCUCCCCGGGGAAGGCUCUGACCCUCGGAUUUCCAGAGCGGAGCCAGCCAAAUGGCUAUUGACUUAGCCAAGGCCACUCGUAGUCCAGUGCUCCCUGCCACCCAUUCUGCACCAUGCUUGGCGUGGUGUGGGACACGUCUGCCCCUGCAUUGGGAAGCCAGGGGUGCUCCUGGGAAUGGGUAAUAAAGAUACUAGAGAACCAA